GAACCCCAAGCAUGGAGAAGUAGGGCCAGGCCCCGACCCAGCUAUUGCCACUCUAGGCUGAAAUCUGAUCUUGAUGAGCGCAAAAAGUGUCAUGUCAUGGAACCAUGGAAGCACCUCGCCUCGUCAAUGGCGUAAGACCGAUGGCAAGGAAUGAAAACAGGUAGGUGAGAUUCCCUUGUCUCGUUAAAAAGCUGCUUUCAGAAUUCCAACGCGAGAGAGAGAUACGUAUUAUUGGAAACUGUGUUCAGAGUCGAACCAGGAGUGGACAACUCAAACAAGCAAGACAAGACGAACGCAGGUGGUGGGUUGAUCGGACACUCCGGCUUCUUCUAGCCACGUCUCCCAUUCUCUCUUCUUUGUAAUUUUGUUUCUCAGUUUGCAACACACGCGCCCUUCUCCUCACCUUCACAGUCGAUGACCCCUCUUUCCCGCAUGUUUCAGUCUAAGUACUGCCAGCCAGAGAAUGAUAUUGUACGGUCGCCAUUCGCUUCUUCCUUUGCUUUUAAUCUUCUUCAUCUGUGUUUCGCCAAUCAAAUCGACUGAACCCUAGCUCUAAAUUUUGUCUUGAAUUGAGGGGAGCAGAGAGGAAUUUGAGGAAGAGACCAACCACCGACAGAGUGAUGCUGGGCCGGAGUCCUCCUAAGCACCGCCACGAUGGUAACUCGCCUCUGCCGUUGGGGAUGGAUUGGAGCCCCCCGCCUAAGAAAUGGGAUGGACGAGACACUGUUUGGCCACAUGACCCUCAUACAGGAUGGAGUUACUGCAUCACAAUUCCCUCAUGGAUCCUCCUACCCAAGUCUAGAGAUUCCGAUCCUGUGGUGGUUACAGUUUUACAGGGUUCAAGUUGGUAUACAAUCACCAGAAGGGAUUACUACUACCCAAGCAAUAUUGCGUAGAUUCAAUGAUUUCCUAAAGCUAUUUACUGGACUUAAAAAGGAGUUCCCCAAGAAAAAUCUUCCCUCAGCUCCUCCAAAGGGUCUUCUGAGACUAAAAAGCCGGACACUUUUGGAAGAGCGAAGGUGUUCAUUGGAGGAGUGGAUGGGAAAGCUUCUGUCUGACAUUGAUAUAUCUAGAAGUGUUCCAGUGGCAUCCUUUCUUGAGCUAGAAGCGGCUGCUAGGUCUUCAUUUUAUGAUGCAAAUCAGCAGAGUGUAGAAGCAAAUGCGUCUGGGAACACCAUGAUUUCUUCACUCCAAGCUCAACCCAGUUCAGGUGUUCCGUUUCUCGCUGGUAGUUCAUCAAUUGCAUCAGAUUAUGGUAGUGAUAAUGCUUAUGAGACAUCUGAGAUUGGAACACCAAGGCAAGGAAGGGAUAAUAGCUCUGAAAUUGGUCCUGAAGAUCUACCAUUGGAUCAAGAAGUGGCCAAUUCUGUCAGAGAAUUAGUAAAUUUUGGCAUACCUGGUGAUAAUGGUCUUUCUGCGGUUGAUUCCAUUCUACAGCAGCCAGAAGGAUUUCCUAGGCACAAAAUUCAUACCAGAAGAGAAAAAAGUGUUAAGAAUCGGGAUACAUUUAAUGGAGAUGCUUCAAAGGGUGUAUUUCUUUCCAGAGAAGGAAUGGAGCUCUUAUCUGAACCGUACCAUGGUAAAGUAGCCAGUCAUACUCGGAAGCUCUCAGCUGAGAGUGUUGGAAGUGACAUAAGUUCUGUAAGAGGUAGCGAAAUAUCAAAUUCUGGUGCUGCUACUUCAUAUGGUGAUGGAUCCCUUGACUUUCCUGGAGGUGCUGAAGAUCGAACUUCUUCUGAAAUUCUUGGAACCACAGAUCGACAGUAUCCAGACGAUGUACAGAUAGUUCUUCCAUUGAAUCAGCGCAAUAAAAUGAAUAGAGUCCUUAUGACCAUGCAGCAGAGACUAGCUACAGUAAAAACAGACAUGGAGGAUCUUAUUGCAAGACUAAAUCAAGAAAUGGCUGUGAAAGAUUACCUUACAACAAAGGUCAAGGACUUGGAUGUGGAACUUGAAAGCACAAAAGAGAAAGGUAAAGAAAAUCUGCAGCAAGCCAUUUUAAUUGAAAGGGAAAGAUUUACCCAAAUGCAGUGGGAUAUGGUAGAACUUCGGAGGAAGUGUCUGGAGAUGGAGUCAAAAUUGAAGUCUGAACAGGAUGAAAAGGUUCAUGCAGAGUCAACAAAAGUAUCUGCUGUUCAGGAGAAGGAAUUGUUGAUGCAGGAGUUGGACUUAACUAGAGAACUGGUUCGAAAUUUGCAAAAACGUCAUGAAGAGCUAGAGCUGAAAUCAAAAGCAGAUGUUAAAGUUCUCGCUAAAGAGGUUAAAUCUCUUAGAAGUUCUCAAUCAGAUCUAAAGCAGGAGCUUAGUCAAUCGCUGAAGGAAAAAUCCGAGUUAGAGAAAGUUCUUGGAAGGGAAAAACAAAGGAAGGAAAAUGCGCAAACCGCUAGUGCAAAGCUGCUAAAUGAAUGUGGAAUUCUUCGUAAUCGGCUUCAAGAAUGCAGUGUUAACUUCCUUGUGGAAGAGGAAGAUAAAUUCACUGUGGAUUCCUCUUCACUGUCAGAUGCUUUGGAUCUCUUGGCAACAUCCGACAACAGAAUUGGCCUCUUAGUUGCAGAGGCACAACUUCUAGCACAAGACGAUGAAAAUGCUGUCUCUUCUGCAAGUAUAGAUCACACUAUGAUUGGGAAUGAUUUAACAACAGAUGAUCAGGUGAAGAAGAUGCUGACAGAUAUCUUCAUUGACAAUGCCAGGUUAAGGAAACAGGUCAACUCUGUGAUCCGCUGUGCUCUGAAGACAGUAGUUAUGCCAGAGAAAGAUGCUGGAGAGGAAGAAUCGAGUAAAACAGUACUGAACAGGUUCUUAGAAAGAUGAAAUUUGGGUAAAAUGCCAUAGGUUGUU